AUGCGUAUGAAUCCAGACAUGGACGAUGAUGAGAAGGGAAAACUGUUUGUGGGAGGGCUGUCAUGGGAGACAUCCCAAGAGAAUCUUCAACGCUACUUUUCGAGGUAUGGCGACGUCGUAGACUGUGUGGUGAUGAAGAACAGUGAGUCUGGUCGCUCAAGGGGCUUUGGGUUCGUCACUUUUGCUGAACCAUCAUUGGUCAAUGUAGUGUUACAGAAUGGCCCCCAUCAACUUGAUGGCAGAACAAUCGACCCGAAGCCAUGCAAUCCUCGCACGCUUCAGAAGCCUAAACGCGGUGGUGGUUACCCCAAAGUAUUUCUUGGUGGUCUCCCUUCCAACAUCACUGAGACUGAUCUGCGAGUCUUCUUUGGACGAUACGGAAAAGUUAUGGAGGUCGUGAUCAUGUAUGACCAGGAAAAGAAGAAAUCUAGAGGGUUUGGUUUUCUGUCAUUUGAAGAUGAGAUUUCUGUUGAGAGAGUAACACAGGAGCACUUCAUCAACCUUAAUGGAAAACAGGUGGAAAUUAAGCGUGCCGAGCCUCGUGAUGGAUCAGGCAAAUUGGGAACUGGUGGGGGUGGAAUGGGUGGAGGGGGCAUGGGUGGUGCGCCUGGUGAUGCACCAGCCGCUGGCCAGUGGGGCCCACCACAGGCCGCACCAAUCAACAUGAUCCAGGGACAUAACGGUCAAAUGGGUGGCCCACCUAUUAACAUGCCAAUGGCUGGACCCAAUAUCAUGCAAGGGUACCAAGGUUGGGGCACAUCCGGGCAGACUUCGUACGCUGGAUACGGAGCUGCCGGUGGCGGUGCCGGCCCGGGUAACUACCAGGGUUGGGGUGCUCCGCCUGGCCCCCAAGCCCCACCGCACGCACCUGCCUGGCCUGCUACUAACAAUUAUACACAGCACGCGCAACCCCCGGCACAAGGAUACGGCAGUUACGCUAACUACAGCUCGGCGCCGGCGGGCGCGUCCGCAGGCGGCAGCUGGACCAACUGGAACAUGCCCCAGAACUCCAACUCGACCGGCUCCGCAGGAUCGUACGUCCCUCUGUCUGAAGGCGGAGAGAUGUAUGGUCGUGGCGGCGGGGGUGGAGCGGGCGGUGCGGCACCAGCACUCGCCGGUGCUCUUUCUUCGGCUGCGUUAAGCAAGUCUUCGUCUGCUGACUACUCUACGUACCAGCAGUACCCGCCUGCCUACCAGCAGGACCAGGGCUCGUCGUAUGGCGGUGCGUCGCGGGCGUACAGCGCGGGCGGCGAGUACCCGGCCGCCGCGCAGCCCCCAGGUGAUGAUUAUGAAUACACCGGCGGGUCAGGGGAUGGCUAUCAGAAACCAUCCAAACGAAGCUAUCACGGAUCUUCGGGCGCCGCUUCCGCUUCAUCUUACCACCCCUAUAGGCGUUAA